UAUUGUAAUUUGUUCUAAUUGUUAAUUAUUUUAUUAAGUUUUUUAAUCAUUUAGACUGUAAAUAAUUCAAUUCAAUUUCUAACUUGUCACAAUUCGUGCAGUGAGUCCAUGUGUUAGUGGUGAUAGACAGUGUUGAUUAUUAAACUUGUUUUUCCGAACAUUGCUUAAAUAAUUAUUUUAAAAUGGAAGACAUGGAAUUAAAUUUAGAGCAGAAUAAUACAAUUUCACAAAACAUAACUCCUGAAGUUUCUGAUUUUAUAAAUGCUGAACAAGGCAGUUUUCCAGAAUCUUCUAUUAAUUCUAACGAUAUCCUGUCGGAAGAUAAUCAAAAUAAAGAAGCUCUUCUUUCUCAACCAGUGAAUGGAGAUGAACCAAAAGAAACUUAUCAAGAUAUAUUAGGUUCCGGAGACUUAUUGAAAAAAAUUAUUAAACAAGGAGCUCUUGAUGAACGACCAAUGAAAGGUGAACAAAUUAUUAUAAAUUUAAUUGGCCGACUGGAAGACAAUGAUGAUAUAUUUGAAAAAGAAGAAAAUUUUGAAAUUACUCUUGGUGACUGUGAGGUAAUUCAAGGUGUUGAUUUAGCUUUAAGCUUAAUGAAUGUAGGUGAAAUAGCUGAGUUGAAAAUAGCAUCACGAUUUGGUUAUGGUGAAAAGGGAUUGAGUCCAAAGGUUCUAGGUGGAGCUAGAUUAGUUUAUACUGUAGAACUACUAUCUGUAAAACCAGAAAUAAUUCCAGAUGAUCUUACUCCAAGUGAAAGGCUUAAAAUUGGGCUUAAAAAAAAAGAUAAAGGAAACUGGUGGUAUGCACGUAAUGAAAACACUAUGGCUUUACAUGUUUAUCGAAAAGCUCUUCAAUAUUUUGGAGGACCAGGAGAUAUAAUUGGUUCAGAUUCAGAACAAAAUGAUAUUCUAAAUGAACGUGUCAAGACAUUAAACAACAUGGCUGCUGUUCACAUGUCUAUGAAUAGUUUAGAUUUAGCUUUAAGUACAUUGGAUAGUGUACUUGCUGUUGAACCUCAUAAUGAAAAAGCAAUUAUGCGUAAGGGUAAAGUACUAGCAUUAAAAGGACAAAAUGUGGCAGCUGCUCGUGAGCUUGAAAAAGCGUUGCAAAUAAAUCCAAAUAAUAAAACUGUCCAAAAUAUUCUCAGCAAUGUUAAAGCAGCAUUAGUUAAAGAGAGAGUACAAGAAAGAGAAUUAUAUAAAAAAAUGUUGGGUCAUAAAGAUGAUAGUGAAAAGUCAGCAAAAGACGAAAAAAAUACGAGCACAACGUUUAUAAUCAGUGGGCUUGUUGCUGGAUUAGCAGUAAUUUGUGGAUACUGUUACCUUAACAACAAUUUUCCUUUCAGCAAAUUUAGCACUUUAUAGUUUUUUUUUAAAAGUUUAUUCAUUAUUUCUUACAUUCAACAACUAAAACAUUCUAUACUGUUAAUUGUGAUUCUAUUUGAUUACAAAUAUCUUCAAAUUUAAUUUAAAACAAUAUUUUUUAAGAAAAAAAAUUGUGGCUAGCUAAAA